UAUACCCCUGUUGUCUUCUCUCAUCGUCUCGUAAACCCUAGCUUAGCGUUCUCUCACUUUUCUGAGCUAAAUCAUGGCGCAAACAGUUAUCUCAGUCGAGAAAAUCAAAUCUUUCUGGCACUCCCAAGUUCACGACGAAGAGAAGUGGGCUGUGAACAUGAAAUUACUCCGAGCUGCUGGACUUUUCGGGGGUUCCAUUAUUUUGAUGCGUAGCUUUGGAGAUAUGAUGGCCAUAUGAGUUUUUACGUUGUUUCUUCUUUCUUGGUCCACCUAUGAGAUGAUUUUUCAUGUUAACCUUUUUACAUUGUACUGACUUGAUUUCUUAAGUUGGAGACAUAGAUGUUAUGAGCU